GUGUGUGUGUGUGUGUGUGUGUGUGUGUGUGUGUGUGUGUGUGUGUGUGGUGUUUCGACUUCUGCUACAGCUGCAAGUGAAAUCACAUCAAGAUGGCCUUAGGUCUGUAUUUCAUGUUGCUCCUCUCUUUGGCCAGUGGGCUAUGGGCUCAGGACGUUGGAGAAGCAAGACCAUCUGAUGGCUGUUGUGUAGGUAAGAGAUGCCCUAAGGGAUGGACCCAGCAUGAUGACUACUGUUACAAGUUCAACCUCAAUGAAAAGGACUGGGCUGAUGCAGAGGUUGGCUGUGUUGCUGUUGGUGGGAAUCUGGCCUCCAUCCACACCAAAGACCACUAUGACUUUGUGAAGGGUUUGAUUAAAACCUCAGCUGGUACAAAUAAACAAACUUGGGUUGGAGGCUCUGAUGCAGUCAAGGUGAGUGACUUAACAACAGACUUUGAGCAUUUAAUGGUGAAU